GGAGGGAGUUGGGGGAGGGAGCCGGGCGCUGUGAUUGGCCGGUCAAGCCGUCCGUCAGACUCGCCGUGGCCCCGCCCGUGGCCUCUCGCCCGGCAGCUCGCAGUGUCUCAGUGAGCGGCGGAGAGCUGCCGGGAGUAGCAAAGCGAAGCCGCCCCGACCAGGGAUGUAAAUGUGGCCCCCCGAGUGAUGGGGGAGGGCCCCUAGUCUCCAGCGCUCUGUCACCCACCACCCCACCGUCCAUCUCCUCAGCCUCCUCCUCCGGCCGCGCCAUGUCGGGGAAAGAGAACCCCUGCAAGAAGUUCCAGGCCAAUAUCUUCAACAAGAGCAAAUGUCAGAACUGCUUCAAGCCGAGGGAGUCCCACCUUCUGUCCGACGAGGACCUCAACCAGGCCAAGCCCAUUUAUGGAGGAUGGCUGCUCCUGGCUCCUGAAGGCACAGACUUCGACAAUCCUAUGCACCGAUCAAGAAAAUGGCAGAGGAGGUUCUUCAUCCUCUACGAGCACGGCCUGCUGCGUUACGCCCUGGAUGAGAUGCCUACAACCCUCCCUCAGGGGACGAUAAACAUGAACCAGUGCACGGACGUUAUAGACGCGGAGAGCCGCACCGGCCAGAAGUACUCUCUCUGCAUCCUAACCCCCGAGGAGCAUUUCAUCAGGGCCGAGAACAAGGAAAUCAUUAAUGGUUGGUUGGAGAUGUUGAUUGUAUACCCAAAGACCAACAAGCAGAAUCAGAAAAAGAAGAGGAAAGUGGAGCCCCCUACUCCGCAGGAACCCGGACCGGCGAAAAUGGCAGCAACCAGUACCGGGAUCCCUAGCGCUGAGAAGGUUCCAGCCACCAAAUCCACGCUGUGGCAGGAGGAGGCGAAGGGCAAAGAUGGGCAGGACAGUAGCAGCAGCAGCAGCCCCCUGCAGAGCCCCGUUCAGAUGCCCUCUUCCCCGAGCGAGCCAGUUCUGGACAACAAAGGAGAUGCAGCAAUGGUGAACGGAGACCGCGUUGAUGGCGGACGUAAAACUCGUGUGGAAAGCGGCUACUUCUCCUUGGAGAAGACGAAAGAUUUGAAAACCGAAGAGCAGCCUUUACAAACCCCACCUUCGCCCUCAACGCCCGACGCCCCCAGCAGGUAUAGUGUCUACGAUGCGUUCGACCAGGAACAAGACCCCUUUUCUCCCCCAAAUAACAGGCACUGCCAACCAGAGGAACUAGAUCUGGAGCCAAGAACACCAUCUGGACCCUCAUACACGGCCAACAAAGAGUAUGCCCUUCUGGCUGAUGUGCCUCGAGCACGCCGGAUCUCACACAGAGAGCUCUUCCAGGUAGAAAAGAAACGGCUGGAGCAGCGUUCGCGGGGGCGAAGCCCAGGGAGGGAGGAAGUGGCACGUCUUUUUGGCCAACAGCGGAGGCGCUCUAUGGUUAUUGAGAAGUUUGAAGCUCUGGAUAUCGAGAAGCCAGAAAACAUGGAGACCAAUUGUUCCGCAGCUCCGACCAGUGAGGCUCGACAGGGGCGCAGCGAAAAGCGCACCUACCCCAGGAAAAGGGAUGAGACCGGGGUGUCCUCCAUUCCAGAUGUUUCUGCCUCUCAUAUGUCAUCAUAUCGAAGAGCAAAAUCCCUGGACCGCAGGUCUACAGAGUCCUCCAUGACGCCGGACCUCCUGAACUUCAAGAAGGGCUGGUUGACCAAACAGUACCCAGAUGGGCAGUGGAAGAAGCAUUGGUUUGUGCUGACAGACCAGAAUCUGAGGUAUUAUAGGGACUCCGUGGCAGAAGAGGCAGCCGACUUGGAUGGGGAGAUCGACUUGUCAACUUGCUACGAUGUCACGGAAUUUCCAGUGCAGAGGAAUUAUGGAUUUCAAAUUCAUACUAAAGAAGGGGAGUUCAUUCUGUCUGCAAUGACUUCAGGCAUCCGGAGGAACUGGAUACAGACCAUCAUGAAGCAUGUGCGACCCAACACAGCCCCUGAUGUCACCAGUUCUCUGCCAGAGGAGAAGACUAAAGCUCCAUCUUCGUUCGUCUCCAGUUCCAUACAGAGCGACAAGCAGGACUCUGAACAAUCAGAUGUCGAUGGGGAGCAAAAGAGGAGCCGGGCACGAGAGCGCAGGAGAGAGGGACGCUCCAAAACCUUCGAUUGGGCUGAAUUCCGCCCCAUUCAGCAAGCACUGGCUCAGGAGAGGGCGCAGGCAGCCGAGGCCUUGAAGUCCAUAUCUUGUUACGACACCACGGACUCAAAGAACGACCUAGGGGAGCUUGAACGAGAGCGGGCUCGGAGAAGGGAAGAACGCAGGAAAAGGUUUGAAAGCUCAGAUUCCAUUGAGGAACCCUCUGGAGAAGAGUGUUCUCACAUGGAGGUGGACAAGAGUCCAACAUCUUCAGAUGCCAUUGAUGGCCGGCCAAAUGUUCACGUGGAAAUCGAGCAGCGUUGGCAGCAGGUGGAAACAACCCCACUGCGAGAAGAGAGGCAGAUACCCAUCUCUCCCCUGCCACCGAGCCCUUCCAAAAAAUACCCGCCUGAAGAGAUCUCUGUCCUUUUGGAAAAACAGCUGGAGCAGAGUCGUAAGGAAGUGUCCGAUCUCCUGGCGGAAAACCUCCUCUUGCAGCAUAGGCUAAAGGAGGCUUUGCAGCAGCACCAUGCCGCCCCUGACGGAUACAUUUUACAGAAUGAGUUGGCAGAUCCCUCUUCAGAAGCUUGGCAGAGGCUCCAUAAAGUCAACGAGGACCUUCAGAGCGAAUUGGAGGCACAAUAUAAACGUCAGGAGGCGCUCAGUCAUCAGCUACAAAAUCUUAAGCAUAGCUAUGGCGAAGCAAGAGACACCAUCAGGCAUCAUGAGGCUGAAAUAUUGAGCUUGCAGGCCCGACUCAACAGCGUUUCAGCUGAGCUAUCCAUUAAAGAGCAAGCUUUGGCUAAACUGAAAGGAGAUUUAAAACUGGAGAAGGAGAAGAUCGAAGAAAUGCAAGAAGAGUGGAAGAACAGUGAGGUUGCGCUUGGUUUCCAGCUUAAAGCCAGCCAGCAAAAGUUGAAAGAAGUUGAAUCUUCACUUUUGGAGAAAAGUCAGAAACUACGGGAGCUUGAAAUGGAGCAAGCCUUGCAGAAGGACUACCAAAAAGAGUCCCAAAGGCUGCAAGACAAACUUGUGGGUCUGCAGGCUCAGCUGGAAACCAGUGAACAAACUGGUAUACUUAUUGAAGAGCGGCUUCAGUUGAAUUAUGAGGAAGUUCUUGAUAGUUAUGAUAAAGAAAAACAGCAGUUGAUACUCAGUCUAAAAGAGACAGAAGAUCGACUCGAAGAAUAUGAAAAUGUAUUGCAGGAGAAGGAACAGCUAAUGGAGGUUUUACAGAAAGAGAAGCUGAAUGCCAAUACAGAGGCCAGCAUUUUGGUUCACCACCUUGAAGAACAAUUGGCAGAAAGAGAGAAUACUAUUCACAGGCUUGAAGAACACAUUAAAGAGCUAGAGAGGGAACGGGAUCAGCUUAAGUCAGCUUGUGAAGAAAUGGCACAUCAGUCAGUUUUUUCUGAUUUUUCAAGCUUAGAAGCCAGGCUUAUGCAACAAGAGACAGAAUGCAGCCAGCUGAGAAAUUUACUGGAGGAAUCAAGAACAGAGCUUUUAAAGGUCCAAGAGUGUCUCAGGAUAAAGGAUGAAGAAUUGUACAAUGUCUGUGAGGCACAGCGGAAGAUCUUAGAAAAGAAAGACCAAGAUAUUAAUGAAGCACUUAUUAAAAUGGCAGCUUUGGGGAGCAGCUUGGAAGAAACCGAAACAAAACUAAAAGCUAAGGAAGAAACUUUGAAAACCCUGUACAAUUUAAAUUCUGAGCCUCAAGCAAAAGAAAUAGAGAAUGUUUACAUUCAGUUGGAAUCUGCAAAGCGACGUAUUGCCGAGCUGGAGCAGAGCCUUCAGGCUGAAGGUGGAGAUGUAUUUGGUGAUUUGGCUAGAAGAGACAGUGUAAUGGAAGUUGAACAAGAGGGCCUACAGUCAAAAUUAUUCCAAGUGGACCAAAAUGUGUGUUUUGGAAAAGAACAGGACAUUGGAGCCAAAAGACAAAGAAUACGAUUCUCCAGCAUCCAGUGCCAGAAGUACGCUCAUGUUGACUCUUCUGAGAAGACUUGGACAAGUAGCACAUCCUCUGACACGAGCCAGGAACAGUCUGUUUCUGAAGAAAGCACGCCAGAGGUUUCUUCGCAGUACCAGCCUUUAGUGGCUAGCGAUAUAGAAAGCUUUAUGUCCAUCAUUCACUCUCUGGAGACCAAACUUUACAUAACAGAAGAAAAACUGAAGGAUGUUACUCUUCAACUGGCAAAUGAGAAAAGUAAUCAUCAGGAAACUUUACUGGGACUUCACAAUCAAUGGGCAAAGGCUGAGGCCAGUCUUAAAGAACAACUUAAGUCUAGCAUUACUCAGGUUAAUGCUAUGGCUAUGCAGAUAGAAGAUCUAGAGAGGGAAAAGCAUAAUGGGCACCACCUCGAAACUGCUAAAAAAGAAUGUUUUUGCUGCUUGGAGACAUGUCAGAAUAUGCUUAAAGAACUACAUAAUGUAGAUGCUCUGCAGUUAAACUCUUCAAUGCUUUGCAGUCUUCGGACAUCUUUGUCAAACACAAUUCAGUCUUUAGAACAAAGUUUUACGAGUCGAGCUUCAGAAGCUGGCUGUUCAGAUUUUGCCUGUGAUAAUAGCAAUUUCUCCUCGGAAGCGCCUUGUGAAGAUCUUGUUCAAAGGGUUUUAGAAAGAAUACAUUUCCAAGAAAACUUAAUGCGUAGAAUGGCAGAAUCCUUUAAAAAUAUGUCAGACCCGUCUGUGCAUGAUUCUGUGCAUGAUUCUGUGCACAGUGCUGAAAUGACUUCCGACAUUCUUCUAGUUGAAAAGUUUGCUGAAAAAGUGAGGCUAGAGCGAGAGUUUUGGGAUAGGGUAGAUGAGCUUGGAAGAGUUAUUGUGGGAAAUACACAGCAACUGGCUCCUGAGGAGCCCUCAUUAAGUUCACAUUCAGAAUUGUUUCAAACACUGGCAGAUAAUACAGUACUAAAAGCUGAGCUUAACUUGGCCAUUCAAAAGACAAAAGCAUAUUGUGAGUGCAUUAGGGCAAAUGAACAUGGUCUCCAAGAAGCCAAGGCUGAACUCAGUGUUGUCCCUGAACCAUGCAGUUCUAAAAACUCAGACCUAGCUUUUCAAGAAUAUCUUUCUCGAUGUUUAAAGGAAAAUGCAGAACAACUGAGGAGAAUUUCUUCUGCCCUAAUGUCUAUGCCACAGGCUGAUUUUGAAGUAACAGUAAAAGACCUCAUGCAAACUACCCAGCAACUCUCUAGCUGUGUUAAGUCUUGUAACUUGCCACCGAUUCUUGUACAGGAUGCUGUUGUGCAGGCUCAGUUGUGUUAUAUUGCCUGUAAAACACGUCUUGAAUAUGAAAGGGAGGCCACAAGAAGCAGGGAGGCUCUGUGUCAGAUUCAUUCGGAAGCCUUGGCCAAAAUUCAUCAACAGUACCAAGAGAUACUACAGAAAAAAGAAAGCGAGCUGUCUGAUGUCCUGGAAAGAGAAAGGACCGUGUCUGACACUGUAACUGCCCAAGUCAUGGACACAGAGAGGUUGAUAGUGGAAGCUGAAGCUAAAUUCAGAGAUACCUUGUCACAGCUUGACGAUAAUUACAAGAAGGAGAUCCAGAACCUUGUGGAACGGUGGGCAGAAAGGGAGAGACUUCUAAAAUUAGAGCAUGCUGAGAUAGCAGCUAAACUACAUUCUUCUGAACAGGAGUUGGAAAAAGUAGAGCGGUUUCACAGAGAACAGUUAAGAAAUGUAGAGAAGCAGUUUCAAGACCAAAUUCAAGAGCUUCAAGUUAUCCACCAGAAUGAAAUCGGAGCUAUGGAGGAACAAUAUACACGUAGUAUCCACCAGCUGCAAGAUACGCUGGACAGUUAUCAGAAGCUAGAGCACCCAUAUACACAAUCGGCUGGAGACUCUACUUUGCUCGGUACUGGAGUUGACGGCGAGCCAAGCCACAUAGACUCCAUGACAAUUCUUCGAGGGCGCGUUAUAGAACUGGAAGCCAAACUGAAUCUGAUGCGGGAAGAGCUUGAGCAGAAACAUCCUGAAGAGAACACGUCUUCAAUAAAAGCGAAAUACCAGGCUGACUUUGAAAAUUUGAAGGCCACCUGUGAAAGAGGCUUUGCCGCCAUGGAGGAGACCCACCAAAAGAAGAUUGAGGACCUCCAGAGACAACACCAUCGAGAGCUGGAGAAGCUGCGAGAUGAGAAGGACCGUUUGUUGGAAGAAGAGACUGCAGCCACCAUCUCGGCCAUUGAAGCAAUGAAGAACGCCCACCGCGAGGAGCUUUAUAGAGAGCUGGAGAAAAAUCAGCGCUCCCAAUGCAGUGGCCUCAAUGCGGAUGUGGAUUCUCUGCGGAGGCAGUACCUGGAAGAGCUGCAGUCUGUGCAGAGAGAGCUGGAGGUCCUCUCAGAGCAAUAUUCUCAGAAAUGUCUGGAGAACGCCCACCUCGCUCAGGCGCUGGAGGCAGAACGCCAAGCUUUGCGCCAGUGUCAGCGAGAGAACCAAGAGCUGAAUGCACACAACCAGGAGUUGAAUAACCGCCUGGCCAGUGAGAUCACACGACUAAGAAACCUGGUAACAGGAGAUGGGGAAGUAUCGCCCCUAACCCAGGGGAAGGAUGUUUAUGAACUUGAGGUCCUUCUACGGGUGAAAGAGUCAGAGAUCCAGUACCAAAAACAGGAGAUCAGCUCCCUGAAAGAUGAGCUACAGACCGCUCUGAGGGACAAGAAGUACGCCAGCGACAAGUACAAAGACAUCUACACAGAGCUGAGCAACGUCAAGGCCAAGGCCGAAUGUGACAUCACCCGGCUGAAGGAGCAGCUGAAAACAGCCACCGAGAUGUUGGGGGAGAAAACCCCGGAGACGGAAUCGGUGUCUGGAUACGAUAUCAUGAAAUCUAAGAGCAAUCCAGAUUUCCUGAAGAAUGACAGGUCCAGCAUUAACAGACAGCUGCGGAAUAUCAGGUCCAAGAGCCUGAAGGAGGGGCUGACGGUCCAGGAGCGCCUCAAAAUCUUCGAAUCCCAGGACUAUAAGAAACACUAACACCUCCCGAUUUCUGCUGCGUGUCCCCAGGGCUUGGAGCAGACAUAAGCCGCCUCCCCCCCCCCCCGGAUCCAUCGGGCUUCAGGGGACUCUGAUGUGCAGCUUUUCUUUUUUUAUUUUGCACAUCAUUUUGGGCUCUUGGAAAUGUGCAAGGCCGGCCGUUCAGGUGUUGAAAUGGUUGAUUCCUGUGGGUACCUCUCCAGCUCUUGAUGUCUGUUUUUAUUUUUCCUUCCUUCCUUUGCUCUACGACGGGGCACACUCUCCUCUCCUCUGCCAUCUUGUCAGAGCUUUAAUUUGCAGUCAGUAUUAAGGCACAACUGCCGAACAAUAAGCUAUCAGGUGUGAAGACGCUGGGCCGUGCACGGACUCUCAACAUGCGGUGGUGCUGUACCAGGAGGAACUGAACCACAAAGGGCACAUUUGACAGGGCUGCUUUGUUGGGUAGUAAGGACUCUUGCUCCCUCCACAAAUGUCUGUAGUUAUUUAUAUAUAUGUAUGUGCAUGUGAAGUAUGUGUACAUUAUAGGGGGAGAUGCAUUUCUCCAAUAGUUGGCUAUUGCCCUUGAGUUAGAACCAUGACCAGCUCUUUGUCUUGCCAUGUAAUCCUAAAAAAAUGGCUUGAGGUAAUUCAGGAUGCAGGUAUUGAAAGCAGAGUCUCAACCGGUCCUCUUUGAUGUGAACCUACUGUAAGAGGAGGCCUUUUUUGUGUGAUGGAUUCAGGCUCUUGAAUAUUUAUUGUGAUCCACAACAAAAAUGACAGGUGCGGAUCAAGGCUCCACCAGGUCCUCCGGCGUGACAAACCGCUAGGGGUGCCGACAAGGACAGAGCGCGUCCCAGCUCAAAAGAUAUAGUAGGGAAAGGAAGUCCUAAAAGUUGCACAUCACAGCAAAACCCUGUAAGGAGGUGUGUGACAGUCUCAGCCCUGGCUCCAUCCAGGCCACGCCCCCAAUGCAUUUCACUCCGCCGCCAAGAUUAAGCUUCGGGGUGGAGUGAAACACGUUGGUGAGCGUGGCCUGGUUGGAAUAUUUAUGUUAGCUUCCUUUAAGAAUGUUAGGAGUGAUUGCUUGUGUGCUUCUCGCCAUUUAUCAUAGACCAGCAAAGUCAGAAUAUUUUCCCUUUGGGCCUAAAUGUUCACAAAGAGCAAGCCAAGAUUAUGCCUGGCGAAGAAUUGCAACAUUCAUCUUUAAAGUGCAGACUUAAGCCGGCAUACAUGGAUCGAAAUCCAGUCGUAAUUUUAUGCAGAAAAUCUGACCGGCUGGUUGACCUUACCAGCCAACUACAUUGUUGAUAUUUAUGUCGGCCCUGAGCAGCAGCAGCGCUCAAUAGGGUCCACAUAUACCAUACACAUCACAUGCGUGCGGACAACAUUUUAUGCAGGAUCUUGCGAGCAUCAAGUUUCUGCGUAAAGCAAUGCGCAUAUCUAUAUCAAAUAAGAAAGCCACAUGGUUAGGAGUACUGUAAACACCUAUUGGAUAUCCGAUAUUGUUAUGCUUACUCAGAUAGCAUGUGUUGUCAGCAUAAGGCCCCCUCCAGAACUGCUCUCCUAUGAGUCUAAACAAGGAUAAGUAAGUGGGAAAUAGAAUCAAUCUUCAGCCUAAUUGUGACCGGUACCCUUUAAUGUAAAUAUAUAGUAAGUAUGCCAUCAUUCAAUACAUUCUGGACAGGCUGCAGCUCUGAGCUUUGUGUCACGGGACACCAGUGAUUAAAAGUGCAAUAUUUCUCCUCUUUCCUAGCUGCUGAGGAGUAUAGUAUAGAAACUCAAAAGCUUGUCCUGCAGAGGCAGAUCCCUUUUAUUGUAGGUUAAUUUCUUUAUAUUUAGUUUUCCGUUUAUAUUGUGUUGGAGUGACUGGUGAUUAGGAGGGCUUUUUCCACCUUUGAGGUCACUCUGCAUGAUUUUUUUUUCCUGUGCCGUUGUAUUAAUUGGCAAGACAUGAUGUAAAUACUGGAGCAUGGUACCGCUAGACGCCCCUGGUUACUACAGGUAACGGGCCAUUAUUAUAUUGGGUCUGGCACGGGUCAUUUUGUGGGCUGAACACUGUAGCCUAUCUGCCCCGUAUGAUCCGGUAGCUGAAUUAACUGUCACUUAGAUGCAAGUCCAUCCCUUACUGACUUGAUGUACAUAGUUGUAGCUAAUGGAUAAGUUUCAUUCUUUGGGACAUUUGAACAGCACAGAAGAUACAUUUCAUUCCACUGCUGCUUGUAAAAUUGAGUUUCGGUGAGCAAGAAUAGUGUUGGCAAGACCUGUAGGAAGAGUUCAAGGUACCCUAUAGUGUGCUUUUUGGUGCUCAUUGGAAAGACUUGGAAGGUGUUCCAUUGCGAAACGCGUUAUGUCGUGGCAAUGUCUGGCUCGUAACGUAAAAGAUAAGUUUGGAAUUAUUUGUUUGAUGUUUGUUUUCAGAAAGUGCAAGUAUUGUUUUAUAUUUUUGUUGGUGACGGAGAAAGUGUUUUAUAAAUGUUUUGUCUGCAGUGAUAGAUGGCUGAUUUUGUCAGAUUUUGUUAUGGUUUCUGCAGCAAUCCUAGAGAUUUCCUCUAGUACUGAAAAUAUCAAAAGCUGGGAUUGAAGGAGGACAGGCGUAUUGUGUCUUCAAACCCGGAGCAUGCUGGAGGAACGUGAAGAAAGUCUAUACAAGUGUUUUUUGUAGGUGCAAUGCAAGUUCCUUGCGUGUCGCUGUAAUGUGCGAUGUGGUGACAGGAUGUCGUACGAUGGAUGAUCAAAAGAUAGUGCUUAUGGCGCCGCUCAUAAGGCUGAAAUUAGCUUCUUCCACAGAUCCUCAAGGAAACGGCCUGCUGACAUCCAUACACUAAUCCAGAAAGUAAAUCAUGUGUGUGAAGAGGAUCGCCGCGGUCCUAUCCAGCAAAUGUUGUCAGAAGUGCCCUCAGCCUAGAUAUCUUUUGCAAAACGCACAUUGACGCAUUUCACCACCACCCACCAGGACUUGGACAUAGGGCUGAAACGCGUCAAAUGGGGUGGUUCUGCAGGGACAUCUAGGCUGAGGCCGCCUCUAACUUUUUGACAACAGGGACUGGAUAGGAGAGCAGUGAUCCUCUUCACACACACAUGGAAUAAAUCAAAUUUUGUAAGUAUGCACUGACUGUAGAGCAGCCAUAUUGUAAACCGAGCAAACAAACCAGCCUAUCAAUUCUUCAGAAUCGGUGGCAUCGCUGAGGCAUGAAUUGGUUAGCUGAAUAUUGGCUGUACUUACAAGAUGGCUGUUUAAAAACUGUAGGCGAAAGGUCCACUUUAAAAAAAAUCAAGCUUUCAUCAGAAAAAAAAAAAUGCUGCUGCAUUGCUAGCGGGUACAACUCAUGUUGAUGAAUAAUGGGCUCAAGUAUGUUUUAAUCUUUCCCCAGGUAAUUUCUGCUGUUGGGUAGGUGUCUGGCUGGGCUGACUGAUACUGGAGUCCCUCUUGUCAGGGUCUUUGGUUCUCCAGCCAAGGGAGCUGGUGGCUCUGCAGAGCCUGCAGUGUCAGUUUUGCCGCAGCGGUCCGGCUAUUCUCCUGUCCCACGAGGGAUCUGCGGCCUUCGUGAUGCAGCAGACUUGCUGGGAGGGUCAGAUGUAAACAUUAUUUGAUACGUAUUCAGUGGACGGAAUUUUUUUUUUAGUAGGUACCCGACGGGUGUUCAGUAGGAAGAAAAGUCCCAUUUGUUUCCUGAAUUACCAGUAUCUUGAUUGGUAACUGAAGCUGCUGACUCACACUUGUCUUUCAGACAUUGGUGUCAAUUUAAAAGUGGAAUAUGUGGGCCACCACUGCCAAUAGGUAGCUUUAAAAAUGCCCAUUACCUGGCUGUCAUGCUGAUCUUUAUGGCUUUACAAUCGUCAUGCUGAUCUUUAUGGCUUUACAGUCGUCAUGCUGAUCUGCAUAUGUUUCCCUUGAAGUAGUAGCAUGGAAUCACCUUGACAGGUAAAAAAACUUUUUUUCAGAGAGAGAGGUCCGCAUUAAAAUCCCACUAGAGCUUUCCAUUAAGUACAAGUUCCCAAUGCUUUAGUCAGCCAGACACUGGUUGAAAUGUGUCCAGUCCAGCAGGGUGAGGUUGAAUUUUGAUCAGUAUGUGGGCUCCUCCCUCUACAAAAGUUGAUUUUUUUAUUUUAAUCGACGGGACAUGAUGGAAAUGAUUUCAUCGAUCAGCAGCUGUAGCCGACUAGCUGCAGCCGCUGAUCAGUGUAUUUAGACAGCAGAAGGUGUUGCUGUCAGAAUAAAAUGUCCCAGCAGGCAAACAAGGCGGAUGGAAGAAACUUAAUUUCCAAAAUAAAUUUAUGGCUAAGUUUACAACUUUUCCCCAAGCCAUUGUGCAUGUAGACUAACCGAUCGCUUAGCGAAACUCCACCAUUCAGAAUUUUGAGUACACCAAUUGAUGUAUUUCUAUAUAUUCCUCAGCAGCUAGGCGUCUGCUGUCUGUAAAUAUUACAGCUGCACAGACACUUCCUUCAUUUGGUAUCUGUGUCAGAAUUGCUUGGCCUGCAGUCUGAUCCUGAGAUUUUCUAUUGGGUUCCAUGCCUGUUGCUCAGUGGGAAGCAGUUCUGUGUCUGGGGCCUGUAAAAGUGCUGCCAGCCCUGCAAAUGUCAUAUAUGGAAAUCUUUACUUCUCAAUAUCCUGUCUGCGCUGCUUGUAGAAAAUAAACUAUGCUCAUUAAUAGUAUAUAGAAGCCCUCGAUAUAAAGGAACCCUCAGUGGAAUAUGAUGUCAACAUUCUUGGUAAUGAAGGGGCAGAAGGAAAUAAUUCUCAUUUUCAGUUGGAAUACACACCUGUUGAUCUCUGCAGUAGUGAAGAGAAACCACAAACCAAAUCAGGUUCCCCCUCUGCACUUCCUCCUGACAACUACUACAUCAAUAAAGGACACUGUCGUGAUAUAAGAUUUAACGGACUGAACCAUUGAGUGCAAUGAGGGGACCAACAAUCUGACGCCCACAGAAGUGUAAAAACGUUGCAGAAUUUUCAGCUGUAAGUUUCCACAGAGAUCGACAACAGGAACAUUCUUUGGAGGAGCCACUGUUUCGAAUAUUUAACGCUGCAGUCCCUCGUGCCUCACAUGCAGCAAUCUCUGUAGUAAGGGUAGCCUCAGCUCGGGCUCCAUCUCCACCCUUGGGGGCGAAACUCGUCAGACCAUGGACAGAGCCUGAGCUGAGGCUGCAAGGUUUACCAUUACUUCCCUAGCCCAUGAGUGCUCCAGCUGUUGCAGAACUACAAUGAGGCAUUGUAAUAGUUACAAGCAUGACUCGCAAAGACAUGAUGGGAAAUAUAAUUCUG